AUGGAUUCAGCGCUCCGAGAUGUCCUCCUCCGCGGCCAGCACGUGCUUCAGUUGGGCCUGAGCGUGUACGGCGGCCUCGUGUCGCUGAUUGCCAUCACACGACUACAAAAGUACGAGAGCACGUCACAGAAACUUGCCGAAUGGUCAAAUGAGGCUGCGAAGCAAUUGCACAAGACUCGGACAACUCAGACAUCUGGUGCUGUUGCGAUCCUGGCUUCACUAAUCGCUUCCGGCAUCCUUGCAUUCAUCCCGAAGGCUGUACCGUCAUGGGUACGGAUCGCACUGUCUCCGCUUCUUCUCCUGAUUGUUUUGUUCGCGAGAGGUCACAUCAAGAACUACUGGGCACCUUCCGACGGCAAGACUGUUGGUGUGAGGCUUCCAGUGCCCAACAUGAGAGACUACAACGAAGCGCAGAAGCGGACCGAGGAUUUACUCAAGAUCCUCGAAUACCUGGAGUAUAGCUGGGUGGUUACGAGCUUCAUCAACGGCAUGCUCGGGUAUUGAGAGAGGUUCGCAGUGAUGUGCGAGUCGAGUGCAU